UUUUCUCGGCGUCAAAGCUUUGCAGAUGCCGGCCAAGUCCCAGAUCUUGGAAAGGGACCUGCUCGCACGCUGCGCCAUGCCAUACUGGCUGCAAGGACAAGGAAGACUGAGGCAAGGGGCGGUUUUUUUAAUCCGCGCUGCCAGCACAAACGAUUUCAGGGUUAGGUCCUUGGAGCAGGUUGGGUCAUGGGUUCCCGACCCUCUGGACAGCUAGGACGACUGUGGAGAAGGACGGCUUUGGCAAGGCUCGCUGCCAGCAGCAACGGCUUCAGUCUAGGCUAGACGCUCAAUGAAAAAGCUCAGCUUGAAACGGAGUAAUGCAAAGAAGAAUCUAUUCUAGCGGGGUCCAGCACUGGACCUUGAACAUGCGCAGCUUCAAUCUUUGUGAGCCCUGUUCUAAAUGUCUUGUAUCAUCUAGCCUGUGUGGGUCCUUGCACUCUUCAAUCUUUGUUGUGAGCCUGAACAAAUAUACCCCGGCAGUCUGUAACAUGUUCUUCUGGCCAACCCAGCCAAAGGUGGAGUCGACUUUGCUUCUGUCACAAGAGGGCGGCAUGAAUAUCCAGCAUGGGCUUUAUUCUCUUCCAAACACACAUGCAUUGCUCCGAGCAGGCUCUAGGGACAUUCACCGCCAAGUGACCAAAAGCUUGCGACAUCAAAGUCUCUUCACCUUGACAGCUGUUGAGAGAUCUGCAUUCUCAGCAAACGGGCAUCGUGUUCUUUGCAGGCUGUCGAACUUGACGAUCCUCAACUUUCUGCUCUGGUAGCCAGGAGCUGCAUCGCAAUUACACUCCAGCAACAGGAGCAAAGUUCAAGGCCCCGUUUGAAAGACAAAAGAGCUUGAUGCUUGGUACACUUUAGAGUCUCCAGCAAGAACCAUCAAUCGCCUUUUUGGCAAAGACAAGAGCUUGACCCUUGGCCUGUAGGAUGUCAAUUCCAGUGCCGCUGCUUGCGCAUGCUGCGCGACAUCUCUGCAAAAGGCCAGCAUGAACAUCCAGCCUCAGCUGCCUUUGCUUUCAAGCGCACAGGGAUUGCUCUGAACGAGCUCUAUGGACAUUCACUGCCAAGUGACACAAAGCCUCCGACAUCAAAGUCUCUUCAGCUCGACCUCGAAAGCUGUUGAGAGAUUUCUCGUCAAAUGAGCAGCGCGUUCUUUGCACACUGCGGAAUUCGUCAAUCACACUACAUAUACUCUCAGCUCCGGUACCCGUGAACUCCAAAGCAUACCUGGAUCUUCACUUAGCACUUUUCUGCUCAUAGCAGUUUUCGCUUGGAGUUACGUUUGUUCUGACUUUUUUAGGCUCACUUGAACUAGAAAACGCGCAUUUGUUUCUUGACGGACGGGCAUUUACGCUUUUGUCCGGGUAUUUACGCUUAUUU